CAGUCGUGUCACUUUUAAGAAAGCACAUUGAGUCCUUUUUUGCUUACUUAACAUCUGCUUAGUCUGCAUGGGGGAACUAUUUUAUUAGGAUAUUCAGUUAUUUAUUAUUCCAUCCUAUACAUAAGUGAAAUGAACUGGAUAAAUACAAUUCGCCACGAGAAUUUUUUUUUUUCCACAGAGAAUCAGUCUCAAUGUAGGCGAAAAUGUUUUUUAAAUACAUUUGUGGGUUUUUUUUUGUUUGUUUGUUGGCCUUAGAGUCAGUUUGUGCUUUGCCAACGCUGUGACGAGAGGAAACAGGUUCUUCUUUCACGAGAAAGUGACACAAAGAUCCACUCCCUUUGAUAAUCUCCAAGAAACAAAAAGAAAGUUUGAAAUGAAGAUGUUUGAGCGAGUUCUGGCCCACACUUCACCACCAGCACCACCAGCAGCUGAGUCAUUUCUGCUGCCUUGUUCAUUGUUUUCCGAAAGGGUGGAGCUGUGGGAGGGCACUGCCAAGCCCUGUGGAGAUACAGGUGAGACAGGUGGAAGUAUCACUCACAAUCUGUCAGAAGUCAUUAUCAGCAGCAGCAGCAGCAGCAGCUUCCACACACCUCUGCAUACGAGACCUCAACACUUCAGUACGCAUUAUGAGUACAACUGAUCCUCCCUCCUACCUCGAACAAGGCACUGGAGUGAAGGUGUACCAUCUUCACACCCCAUUCAACCCCCAUGUUCCACAGGAGCCUCAACAGGCACCUCAACAGGCAGCAGUUGAAAAACCCAGGUUCACGGCCCCUGAACAAAUGCAGGGGUCCCACCUGGAGGCUGAAACAGGCAAAAAAAACUAUGUGAAAUACGAUGUGGGCUUGGGCCGCAGUCCCGGCAUGACGAAUUGCUCUACGUGCCAUAAAGAUGUCGAAACCGUCGUGACUUACAAGGCCGGGACCUACGCCUGGCUGAUGUGCUUACUCUUCAUCUGCUGCGGGUUGGUUCUGUGCUGCUGCCUGAUCCCAUUCUUCAUGAACAGCUUCAAAGAUGCUCACCAUUCGUGCCCCUACUGUCACAAGGUCCUGCACAUCGAGAAGAAGAAAUGCUGCGAAUGACAGGGAGGAGGACAAAGUAAAAAAUAGAAAAAUAACCUGCAAAUGUUGUCAUUCACCAACAAAAAAAGAAGAAAAAAACAGACAGAAAUACCAUCUUUUAACACUGAAAGACACAUAUAAAUACAAUUAUUUUUAUGGACGCUGUAAUCUACUAUAAGAAUGAAUCAUCUCCAUGCUGCAUCAUGUUUUCCAAAACAUUGAGAGCAAUUGUGCUUGCGGGGAAACGGGUUAAAGAACACCACUUGCACUUUCAUAGUUUUUUUUAACUGUUACAUUGUCAAUAUUUACAUUUAGAAUGAAGGGCUUGUACAUAGACUGUAGUUUAAACCCCCUUUCAGGGCGACAUUUUUGAAGCAGACCAGAGCUUCAUCAUCGGCCAUUUUUCCUUCUUUGCACAAGUACUUUAGUUUUGCUUUAUUUUGUUACUUUUUCUGGUUCUAAAAAGGAAACACAACACAAAAAAAAAAUAAAUGUGUAAUAUUUAUUGGAUGUCAGCAAGAAAGCUACUCUGAUGGAAGAUUGGAGGAUGAUGGAUGAUUGAAGAUGCAUGAAGAUCAACAUGGUUGGACAUUUGUUUACAACAGAACAUAUAAUACAAUAAUGACUUUUAAAUGAUUCAAAUAAAAACCAAAUAUAAAACAUUUUAUUUAAAAAAAAAACCUUUAUUUUCUUUUUUUUUCAAAAAUCAGUUUUUUUUCUUUUAGAAGCUUGCAAAAUACUUUGAUGCUGCUCAUCAACAGAACUGAGUUCCGUUAUUUGCAAUGAUUAAUUAUUUUAAAGAAAGCAUUGUUGCUCCUAUUAAAUAUGAUUCUGUUAAAUAAAAGUGUUUUCUGCAGUUUUUAUUUUAUAUGAAACCAUUCAUGUACCUCCACCAGCUCCAACUAUUCAACAAAUGUUUGGAGGUUUAGGCCUGGAAUAAAUGUAAAUAUGUUGCAAUAAAUCUAAUUCUACAUGGAAAAAGUACUAAAAUACCCAAGUAAUGUUGCAUUAUUUUAGUUUUCAGAUGAAUCCUUUGUUUUUUGUGGUGCUACAAACCCACUUUUUCCACACAUGGACAGACAGAAGUCAACUUUUACAGGUCUCUCUUGAUUUUUUAUAGAAAAUUUUAUUCAACAUACAUUUUUCCAGCAAAAAGGCAAUAUACAGGAAUAGUUGUCGUACACUGCUGCUACACAGAGGAGUUCAAACUGGAGAAGAUCAAAUUAAGGUUGUGAUUCUGCAGGUCAUCCUUGAACUAAAGUAGUUAGCUUUUUUUUCCUUGAAACAAAGAAACCACCGCAGCUCCUUUCUGAAAGAAAAAUAAUUCAAAUGUAACAGAAAAAAAUGUUUUAAUGGUACAUCAGGAACGCAAAAAAAAGAAAAAGAAAAAAAAACCUACACACAAAAAAUAUGAACACCUGUCUCCUUCUGUACCCAACAAGAAUGGCGUGUUUUCUCUUUAAUUUGUACACGUUCAGUUUUAAAUAUACAAUUCUUAAAUGUCUUUACAGAGCCACCUAUGCGCUAUAAGGGGUUGCAUUCCAUCUGUGCUUUAAAAGAAAAAAAGAAAACUCAUCUGGAGGGGUUAGGUGUUUCUUACAAUGCUGGUUUUGGCUCAAAAAAAAAAAAAAAAAA